UUUACUUGGCAAAAGUUAUUUUCACAUUCCGGGUGUGUCAACUACAGAACUACAGGCAUUAUGGAUCCGAAACAAAUGUGGGGUUAUGUAAAGUCUCCUCCAGUAGCAAAUUUGCCUUGCCUUGUGAUUUCAAAAUUACUCUGCAUGGCUAUCCCCAUUGCUCAGAUUGCCAUAGGCUCGGUAUAUCUCAAUGACUGUCCCAAGCAGAACUAUAUCCCUAUUUAUGUGCUGGUAUGUGGAGUGUUCGGUGUGGUUCUGGGCUUGUUGGCUUGUCUGCCCUGUGCUAGGGAGACAGAGGAGGGAGGCCAUCCAACACUGAGCCUCCUCUGCUCGCUGUGGAAUGCACUGGUGUGCACAUUCCUUUUUUGCUGGGUGAUCAGUGGUAGUGUGUGGAUUUACUCCAUUUACCCUCCUAACUACAACCAAACCAUGACUGGAGAUCUCUACUGCAAUAAGACCCUCUAUCUGUUUGCAUUCUGGACCACCACAGUGGGAUACAUUCUAUUAGCUCUGGUUUUGUUGAUUGGCUGCUGUUGUUGUAUUGGUUAUUGUAUAUGUGGGUUAGCGCAAAAAUGAGUUAGAUGAAAAUUCAUCGUGAUCAUAGAUUAUAUCUGCCAGUUUGUGGGCAAUUGUGAGAAUUCUUAGCAACAUUGAUGUCUGUGCUAAACUUAACUCAACAUGUUGUGAAGAAGCAUUAGGUGUAAAGGGAAUGUAAGUUAUUGAGUUCAUUUACAUUACUUUUGGUGCUAUAAAUGGUAUUAUUACACAAAAUUAAUGACUAUAAGUCAAUAAUUUAAUAAACUUGAUUCUCCACAGAAACACACAAUGCAUUUUUGACAUCCAAUUGUCAGUACUAUGGAAAGAAAUAUAAUAAAAUGUCCUGAACAGGGUUCGUGUAAGUAAACAGUAAUCACCUAAAAGGUGUCUUCACAAAAAUAUAAUUUACAACAAAACAACCUCAAUGAUAAAAAAAACUUAAACCUCUAUGACAUUUUAUAAAAAAAUAUUUAAGUAAGUUAGUAUCCAUUCUUAUUCUGUGAUAAAGCAUAAAUAAUAAAAAAUAUUCAGGUGCAAAGGAUUAUGGGGAUUCCUCACAACAUGUACUGUUUGUUUUAUGUUCAUUUCCCUUGAAUGUUUUAAGAUUUUUUAAGUAUCAGUCCAAAACAGAACAUAUUAAUUGAUGUUUACUUGAUUGUUUAAGUAAAGACAAUAUCUGGGUUAA